AUGACUAUGAAUGAUUCUACUGUGUCUCCUGCAGAACAGAACAAGAGUUCAGAUGUUCAAGCUGUUGGAAGCGAGCUUUCAUACGGAGGAGCUGUAGAGCGACUUCGUCAGGAGGUUCAUGGGUUGAUCGCUGAAGUUGCGAACAGUGGGGACAAGUCGGACGAAGAGGUCGACGCUUUGAAGGCUGCCCUGUCAAAGAAGUGCUCUAACUUGGAGGCUAUAGAGAAAGCUCUCUCUAUGGUCACACCUAACCAGAGUCCUUCCCAAGUAACAGUGGUUAGUCAAGGUGUGGCUAAUAGUUCAACUGUACCUGAUGAUCUUCCUUUGUUUCAAUGGUUUGGACGUGUCAAAGAUGAAAAAAAGGAAGUUUUUGCCAACAUUGAGGAGUGUUGUCGCCGGUUUUCCGAUAAGUUGAGCAGUUGCACGCUUGAUCUUGACGAACACUGGUAUCGUUUGCUUCCUCCUUGUCUUCCCGGCGAUCUUCGCAAUUGGCUUGAUGAGUUUGUGAAAGCAUCUGGCUCCACUGUGUCUUGGGCUACCUUGAAGGGAGCUAUCAUCGGUCGUUUUGGUACACCAAAAGAACAGCUCAGAUUCGAAAGAAUUAGGGAGUUUCUUCGUUGUACUAAAGGAAACGAAGAAUCCGUUGAUGGUUUCGUAGAGCGGUUUAAGACGUUGAGAAAUAGAGCUGACAUCAGUGAUAAGGGUGUCGUAGCGAUGGUGUUUUUUGACGCUUUCCCCAAGGUUACCGCUAGGUUGCUAAUGGUUGCUAUGAGUCAGGCACCAGAAUCGUCAUUUUAUGACAUUGAUUAUGUGUCCUCUCUCGUGCGCAAGAUGGAUAUGAUGGCUAUUGAGACGGGUCAAGAAUCUUUGGGCUCUGUUUUUGAUGGAAGAAAACGCGCUGCUGACAUACCUGUUUCGAACGAAGCAAAGAAGUCUCGGUACGCACCUUCUUCUAGUGGAAACGCUUUUCAAAGUAGCUCUUCGUCGAGAUCCAAUGGUCCCUCGUCCAACUCUCCACGUUCUAGUGCUAAUCGUUUUGGCAAAACAUUUGCUGAACAUGUUGCUGAAGGGACUUGCUCCAAAUGUAACGGUCCUCGACCAAAGGGGCAGAUGCAUCACUGCAACACUGCUAUUCGUACUGGUGGUGGUAACACCCAUCAGGGCAAUGGUGGUAAAAAAGUUUUGCGUGCCAUGACUAAGAAACGUGGUGGCAAACAUUCGAUGGAUGCUGCAAUCCAAGCUGCUUUUCUCUCUGCUCGUGUUGAUCGUGCGUUAGCUGAGAAAGGUGCUUCUUCCCCUGCUCUCUCCUCUGCUGAACAAUCGGUGGAUGAUGUUGUCCUUGCUCCUUCUUCUGGUGGUAGUGACAAUGUUGAUGUUGACCAAGAUGCUGUGAUGAGUGAAGCUCAUGGUAUCUUUGAGGAUACUGACCUGGUGAAUCGUGCCCAGUCUAUUCUUCUUGAAAAAGAGAUGAGUAGCAUGUCUGUGGACGACGAUACGCUACAAAAUAUAUUUGCUCAGCAAUGUAAGUUCGAUGCUAGAUUUAGUGCUCCACCUACUAUGACCACCAAUGCUAUUUGUGUUCCUAUUGUGGUUCAAAAUGUCAUUUGCUUUGGCUUAGUGGAUACGGGUGCUACGUUUUCGUGCGUCACUGACAAGUUCUUUCAAUUCUUAGGAGGAACCUCUCUUGCUGGAUUUGAGGCUAAUGAUGAUGAUGAGAGCUUUGUUCAAAUGGCUCAUGAAGUAACGACUGUGCCUAGAAUAGGUGCGGUACGUUUGCACAUUAGCUACAAUAAAUCAAAUAAAAACCAUUUGUUUGAAGUAUUUCCAUUCUAUUCUGAGGAAAACGUACCUGUGUUGCUUGGUAUGGAUAUUUUGUCCAAGCUUGGCAUUGGUCUUACGGGCUUGGUGAGUCAACAUGGCUUUCAAUCAGGUCCUCGUGUACCAGAUCCUAUUGAUGAUGGUAUUACUCCAAACGCACAUCCUUUUGGUAGUGAGGAAGAGAGACAACCGUUUCUACUUGCACUAAAGGGGUUGUUAGAAGAGAAUUCGCGCAUUGAUAUGAAGAAUACUCAGUGUAAUCUGCCGGAUUCGAUUAUUAAGCUUGAUACUAAACCAGGUGCUGUCGCUUGGCGAGCUCAAUAUCCUUUGCCUGAAGCUUAUCGUGAUGCUGUUGCCAAACAAAUUCAGAUAUGGCUUGAUGAGGGUGUUGUUGAAAGAUCUGCUAGUCAUACACGUUUCAAUCAUCCAUUGUUGGUUGUAAAGAAAAAGGACGCUGAUGGUAAUUACACAAUGUCUAAGCCUAGAGUGGUGUGUGACGUUCGUAAGUUGAAUGCUAUCUUGGAAGUGGAUGACAAACAACAGUUACCUUUGAUCUCUCAUAUCCAUCAGAGCAUUGAUGACAUCUUAUGCAGUAGUAAUGGGAGCCUACAAGAUCACUAUGCGUUGGUUGCUGAGGUAAUUCGUCGUUUAACCGAUGCUAAUUUGGUGCUCAAUCCUGAGAAAGUCGUCUUCGCUCAGCGUAGUAUUUAUCUCUUGGGAUGGAGCGUUAUUAAUGGUAAAUUACUGCCUGACGGUAGAAAACUUACCAACAUUGCAGAUUGGCCGGCUAUUACCACUGGUCGUCAAUUGGCAUCUUUCUUGGGUUUAAUGUCGUACUUUCGUGCUGCCAUUCCAUGUUAUUCUCGUCUGACUCGAGAUCUUGAUAGCUUGAAACAGUACAAAGAUCUAACAGAUGUUUGGAAUGAGUCUCAUACAAAAGCGAUUGCCGACUUGAAGGAUGCACUUACGAUGGCACUUGUGCUGUCACCUCCUGAUUUUUCGAUUCGAUUUCACUUGGCUACUGAUGCUAGUUUAACUGCUCUUGGCGCGGCUUUAUAUCAAGUGGUCAACGAUGAAAUUCGAUAUGUAGGUCUCGUAUCUCGUAAAUUGUCUGUUUCUGAGCGUAACUACAGUACUACGAAAAGGGAAUUGCUAGGGAUUUGCUAUGCCUUGGUUAAGUUUCAUCGUUUUCUGUAUAUGCGAGAGUUUACCUUACAUACGGACCAUAAGAGUCUGAUCUACUUGAAUACACAGGAAGUCCCCAAUGCACUCAUGCUUGGAUGGUGGGAGACCAUUUUUUCUUAUACUUUCGAUAUUGUGCAUUUGCCCGGUGUCCUUAACGUAAUUCCUGAUGCUUUAUCUCGACUUUACGAAGAUUCGGAUGCUGAUGCUUCAGCAUGA